AUGGCUUCAACGAAUGAUUUUUACUUUGGGUUGCUCCGGGUCUCUAUGAUACAGCUAUUGAAGUCACAAGGGUUUGACAGGGCUAGACCUACAACCGUUGAUGUAAUUACAGAUCUGUACAUGAGAUAUCUGGGACUCUUAACGGGUGAGAUAAUGAAACUAGCGGAGUCAAGAUGCGAUUUGGAUGACACAAUUAGUCUGCAGGAUAUUACGCUGGCGUUUCAGAACCUAGGGGUUAUUAAACCGGUUGAUGUGUUGGAUGUAUACGAUGAGAAUCCAGAGUUACCAAGUGAUAAAGGCAUAAAAAAAUUCAAAGAAUGGUGUCUGAAUGAUAUGCAACCAAGAGAAUCGAGAAUGGUUGCGCUACCGACGGCAGAUCUUUUAAAGAGUAAACCAAAGAGUUCAAAACCAUUAUCGUUAAUUCCUGAGUAUAUCAAUCAGUUACAACAGAAGCAGGACCCUACGCAGGAUGACAAAGGUGAUGAAGAAGACGAAUUGAUCGAAGAGUUGAUAAACAAUGGUGAUUUAGACGAUUGGAUUAAAUUCGUUCUCGCAAGACAAAGAAUUAAUCUGGCGAAAAGAGUCUCAGGCAAGGAACCACAGCAUAUUAAUAACCUACCUUCAAUUGGUGGCCUUAAAUAUUCACUGUUAGAGCAAUCAUCAGUUAAUAACGAUCCACUACCGACACCGCUGGAUUCCGCCGAAGAGGAUGAUCCACAGUCAAAACCAAAGAUUGAUGAACUUAUACAAAGAUUACCCAUAAUGAGACCUGAAUGCCGAUUGGAAAAUAUUAAUCUUUCAUUUGAAAACGAAGCAUAUGAUCCUAGUAGCGAUGAAAAUGAACCAGACGUACCGCCUCAGGGUUCCCUUGAUUUUGCCAUUGAUAAAGAUUCUAAGCGUAAUGGGAUGGAAACUGAUAUCAAUGAAUUUGAUCUAGAUCCUGAUAUUGAUACCAAUUUUGAAGAAUUAGAAGAUAUGGAUAGUAAUUUCCAAAGAAGAGAUUAUUUGGAUUUAGAUGAACAUCCUCAAGACUUCCAAUUCGAUAUUGACGGGUUUUAA